AGGCUGGCACUUGGCAGGCUCUCUUUCUCGUCCUCUGCCUUCCUCAUCUCCCUCUCGUUUCUCCCACGGCCCAUCUGCCCCUCCUUUCGUCCAUCCCCCUCUCCUCUCUGCUCCCCUUUAUUUCCACUCUCCACCCGCGGAGCUUGGCUCUCCUCCCUCCCUCCCGCUCCCUCUCUCCCCCUCGGCUUGUCUGUAUUUGGAGCUCCCGGAAGCCGCCGGCCACUCUCCCCGGAGCAGCGUGACUGACACGGACUCCUACUCAGGGGGGGAGGAGGAGGAGGAGGGGUGGCGGGCAGGCAGGAGGAGGGUGCGAGUGGCCGAGCGCGGCAUCACCGAGCCGAGCACCAGACCCCAGGCCCCCAAGCAGAAUGGCGGAGAUGCAGGGACUCAUGGAAAGACUGGAGCGGGCUGUCGGCCGACUGGAGCUGCUCUCUGCGGGGUCACACCAGCCUCCUGGGGACUGUGGGGGAAUUAACGGUGUCAACGGAGGCGUGGCACCCUCGGUGGAGGCCUUUGAUAAGCUGAUGAACGGCAUGGUGGCUGAGUUUUUAAAGAAGAGUAGGAUCCUGGCUGGUGACGUAGAGACACAUGCAGAGAUGGUGCAUAGCGCUUUCCAGGCCCAGAGAGCUUUCCUUCUGAUGGCCUCUCAGUACCAACAACCCCAAGAGAACGACGUGGCUGCGCUCCUGAAACCAAUAUCAGAAAAGAUCCAGGAGAUCCAAACUUUUAGAGAGAGAAACCGGGGGAGUAAAAUGUUCAAUCAUCUCUCCGCAGUCAGCGAAAGCAUCCCCGCCCUCGGGUGGAUAGCCGUGUCCCCCAAACCUGGUCCUUAUGUCAAGGAGAUGAAUGACGCUGCCACCUUUUAUACUAACAGGGUCUUGAAGGACUACAAACACAGUGAUUUACGCCAUGUGGAUUGGGUGAAGUCAUAUUUGAACAUUUGGAGUGAGCUUCAAGCAUACAUCAAGGAACACCACACCACAGGUCUUACUUGGAGCAAAACAGGUCCAGUAGCUUCAACCGCAUCUGCGUUGUCCGUCCUCUCCCUUGGGCCUGGCCUUCCUCCACCCCCACCUCCUCCACCUCCUCCAGGGCCACCUCCACUUUUUGAGAGUGAGGGCAGAAAAGAGGAACCCUCUCCUUCACGCUCAGCUUUAUUUGCACAACUUAACCAAGGGGAAGCAAUUACAAGAGGGCUCCGGCAUGUUACAGAUGACCAGAAGACGUACAAGAAUCCCAGCCUACGGGCUCCGGGAGGACAAACUCCCUCUCCUACCAAAAGCCACUCUCCAGGCCCCAAGUCUCCUCACUCUCAUCCUCCUAAGAAACAUGCUCCUAUGUUAGAGUUGGAAGGAAAGAAAUGGAGAAUAGAGUACCAAGAGGACAGGAAUGACCUUGUGAUUUCAGAGACCGAACUAAGACAAGUGGCCUACAUUUUCAAAUGCAACAAGUCUACUCUACAGAUAAAAGGGAAAAUAAAUUCCAUUAUAGUUGACAAUUGUAAGAAGUUUGGCCUGGUGUUUGACAAUGCGGUGGGCAUCGUGGAAGUGAUCAACUCCAAGGACAUUCAGAUGCAGGUAAUGGGGAAAGUGCCAACAAUUUCCAUUAAUAAGACAGAAGGCUGCCACAUAUACCUCAGUGAAGACGCAUUAGACUGUGACAUUGUGAGUGCCAAGUCAUCUGAAAUGAAUAUACUUAUCCCUCGGGAUGGCGAUUAUAGAGAAUUUCCUGUUCCUGAACAAUUCAAGACAGCAUGGGAUGGAUCCAAGUUGGUCACUGAACCUGCAGAAAUUAUGGUUUCCGAGAGACCACCGAAGCCCCUGAACUGAAUCAUCCCCAUCAAACAAACAAACAAACAAGCAAAAACAGCAGCAUUAAAGACCUAGAAGUUGCAGUAGCACCUACUGCUUUAGUUUUAGCCUCCAACAAUCCUUUGUUAUAGAAACAGCAUCAUUUCUGGCACGCCUUCAUGGGCAUUUUGAAAUAUUUAACGUUUCUUCAUGAUUUGCCUUUGUGUGUGGUUUGAGUUCCACGUGAUGACUUGUGAGCAUUAUGUAUUUAAAGGGAAAAAAAAUUCUGUUCCCCUCAUAUCAUUAUCACAGUAGCUGAGAGGUAAAAAUAUUGCAUGACUCACUUUUACACUUAUAUUUAAUUGCUAGUUGAAAAUCUAAGAUGUACAUUUUUAUCUUUUAGACAGUGUCCAUAUAUGUAGUGGUAUUUAGUAUGCUCUAAAAAAAUGUACGAUUUUUGUUUUCUUAUUUUUACCACCUUUAUCAGCAUGACUGCACUGUCAACCUGAAUGCAUAUUUCAACCCCUGUUUUUAAAAAACCUAAGCUCCAUACUGAGGACCAUAUCCAGGUUCUUGAUCCUUGAAAGACCUGUUUUCUCUACAGUUACCAAACACCAAAAGUAAAUUCUAAUGAUUUAUUUUAAACAUUUUUCUGCCGUGUCACUUGACAAACUUUCACUUUUCUGCAUAAAGAUUUUUGAUGCCAAAAGAUUGAUGGGAGGAAGUGGCGGGGUACAUCGAAUACCUCACAAUUUUGCUCUAAGGACAAAAUUGUUGUCUUCCAAUUUCGAACCUGUUAAAUAUCAGCUGCCUUGUAAGUGAUGUCUUCAAUGUUUUAUUCUGACUUUCUUUUCUACUUGCCAGAUUUGCUAGCCAGUCUCAAAAAUGAAAAUGAAAAAGCCAUAGUUAUAUUACAACUUAUAUAACCCAAGGAACUGUUUGUUGAUUUGGCUUGCUGCUUCUAUUUUGUAGUAUUGAUAGUACGUGCUUUUUCAACAUGAAUAACUCUGAUAUUCCUUUUUAUCUUUUCAGUGCAUAGUACUGAAAAAUCUGCAACUUCUUGGAUCACAUGUAAUAAAUUCUAGUAUAAUGCUUGCAGACCCAAUACAAGCAUAUAUAUUGUGCCUAUUACAACCUUUGGAAUACAUCAUUUCCGUUUUUUAAAUAUCUUCUAUAACCGUAUAGUAUUCAAAUUUCAAAUGCUCCGGCCGUGUACUACAGUUUUGCUAUGAAAGUUUUUGUCCAUAUGAAUAAUGUUGUAGCUUUAGUAAAUAUCUUUUUUUCAGCUGUAAACUUACUCUGAAAUAAAGGAAAAUUCUAAUUGUUUAAACACUGA